AUGUAUAGGGAGACUAAAGUGUUUUGUUUGACUUUCGCUAUUUUCUCUACAGGGAGAGUUAUAGCAGAUCCUCGAUGUCGCUGCCCUAAAGUACAUGCAGGUGGGGUGACUACCAGUUUAAUCAUGAAACUGACCCAUUACCCUCCUCGCUCACACUGCUCUAAGGAAGAAGUCAUGUGAGUUACUAUACUAUACUGUGCUGUACUGUACUGUAAUGUACUAUACUGUACUUGAAGAAAAUUAGAUGCACACACUCUCCAAAAUAUAUAUUCCAAUGAUCAAUUUCAUUUUAUUAAACAUCUCUCUCUCCCCCCCACCAUUUUUCUUUCUCAUCUCCCUCUCUCUCUCUCUCUUUCUCUCUCUUUGUCUCUCUCUCUAUCAAUCAGUGUCACACUGAAAACCGGAGGUUUGCUCUGUCUCGACCCAAAUGGGAACUUUGCCAAAACACUGAUUGAAAGACAAACCAAAGCGUGA